GAUCACCUCUUGGAGCCGUUGCGUCGCCGAGCGCACGGCGGAGUCCCCUCCCAUCCGGUCUGCAGGCAGCCACUUGCACGACCCCCUGCUUCGGUGCUGGCACGCCGCGUCAGCACUUUGGCGCCUUGGCGCGUCUCGAGGAGGUCCAGUUGCAACUAGUGCAGGCCGAAGAAGCUCGGCAGGAGCUUCAGUCUGAGUUGCAGGCUGCCCAGGCUGUACUUAAAAGCAAGGACAGCGAGCUCAUCACCGUUAAGGUCUUGCUCACAGAGUAUGAGCGCAUGCACGCAGCCGCGACACCACCACGGAGCCAUUGGCCGGUUCCGCGGCGUGUUGGAGCCAUUUUAGCCAGCGCAGGUGACACUGCAGCAGUCAACGACGUGUCGUUGCAUGUACGCGGCUCUCCCGUCCGGGACCUUGGCCGCGUCAAGGCCAAGCUGUUUGAUGAUACGGAAAGCUGCGUGAUGGCUUCCAAGCUGGAGAAGCUGCAGGCAGAGUGUCAAGAGCUGGCAUGCCGCGCAGCCGAGCUAGACAAGCAGCGGAAGCGGGCCGUUAAGGAGGCUGAACACCGUAAGGCCGAGCUCCGGGCCGCUCAGGAGUACAUCCGGGAGUUGGAGGAGGAGGUGUCAUUGUUGCGCGAGGCCAAGAACAGUACUUCGCAGGAGGUGCCGCUCCAGGAGGCUAUCCCUGACGCAGCAAACGCAGAGGCCGAAGGUUCAGCCCCGGAUGAGAUGCAGGAUGCCUGGCAGAUUGCAUUGAUGGAUGGACAACACGUAGGGCAGGAUGACCUUCGGCAGCAGCCUCUUGCAGUUGAGGCGGCCACGAGUACGGUCGUCAUGGGAGGCUACCAUGGUCAGGCCGCAGCUGCAGCACCUGCGCUCCUGGAGCUCACGACCGCAACCGCUCAGGCCGCGUGCCAGGCACUCAUGGGGCAGCCAACACCUGAAUCGGCGGCGCUGCAGGCACAGGCCGCUGAAGUCAAGUACCAGGAUGAGCAGGCAAGCCGUGCUGCCGGACAUGCAGCCGAGCUGCAACGGCAGGUGCAUGCCGCGAGAGCCGAGCUUGCAGAGAAGGCAAGGCGGUUUGCUGCGGACCUGGAAGAGCGGGAGCAGCGGCUCUCAAGCGCUCGAGCUGAGGUUGCCGAGCAGGCGCGCCGCUACAACACACUCGCAGUAGACUACGAGGCGCAGCUAAAGGCUGCACGGUCUGAAGCAGCUGAGCAGGCCGAACGGCUGUCCUCGCAAGUAUGGGAUCUUGAGGCGCAGCUUGGCGCUGCCAAUAGUGAUCUCGUAGAUCAGGCUCGCAUGUACAUUGGGUUAUAAGGCCUUGUGAUGUGUCCAGCACGGGCCGUGGCAUUGCGGCAUAGGACCAGUAACCAGAAUAAGUGUGACCACGAUAUAUCUUUAUGCUCGGGUAUUCAAAGCAUAGCAUGAAACUGCUGGAUGUGUACACGAAAGGGUGGAAUGCCGGUAAACCGUUUAGAUCGGGAGUAGGUAGGAUAAGUCAGCAUCAACUGUCAUGUUAGGUCAGACCAUCUAUCUAAGCCGGCCCCAACAGAGGCGGCAGCUGUUGCGUGGAUACAUUAUUAUGCUCGUGGGAGCUGUGACUGUUUCCAUGGCCCUCUACUAAUUUCUACUAUUCUGUCGGUAUUCGAUUGCUGCAGCAAGUUUAGUAGGUUUCGUAAUGUAUGAAUGUUCAGGGGUGGAGAGGAGUGGGUACAGCAUCGGGGAGCAUCCCCAGGUGCUGCCGGAUAGGUCUUAUGGGUAAAAGGCAUUGAUACCUUUCAGUCGUGAAAAGCACCUGUACCCAAUUACUCCUGGGUAGUUGGAAGGGUAGCUUCGUUCAGCAUAGCUCGUGCAUCAGUAUGUGUGCCCACAUGAACCCGCCUCAUGGGCAGCGGUGCGGGAGUGUAUACUUCUGCUUUCCACUACUGGAGGCCUUGUGUCUUGUGACUACCGUAGCUAAGACGGGCACUAAAGCCUUCGGCAAAUACCGCGCACUGGAAGUGCUGGGAAUUAUUGCC